AUGUUGGUAAAUCGUCGUCUCUUUCCUAUCGCAAAAGUUAAAUUUUUAAUCAAUCGAACUACAUCAAACAUUAAUUCAACCAAUAAAUGGAUUUCGCCAAUUUCACAUUUUAAUUAUCUUGGGGCGAACUCUUAUUCAACGUCGUUAAAUAUCGAACCAGCACCACCAGGAAUUCAUUAUAUAACUCAUGCCGAUUUAUCAUCUAAACAAAUUUACAAUCUAUUAACAUCAGCUAUUCAGCAUAAACAUAAUGUAAAGUAUUUGAAUAAAAAAUCGGAUCAACCUUUGAGUGGCAAGACUUUGGCGAUAUUGUUUUCAAAAAGAUCUACAAGAACAAGAGUUGCCACUGAAACUGCGAUAGCUUAUCUUGGUGGUCAACCAAUGUUCUUAGGAUCUCAAGAUAUUCAAUUAGGUGUAAAUGAAUCUUUAUUGGAUACUAGCAAAGUUGUGUCUAGCAUGGUAGACGGGAUAAUGGCGCGUGUUGGUCCCCAUUCAGAUAUUGAGACACUAGCAAAAUAUUCCACUGUUCCUGUGAUAAAUGCAUUAUCAGAUAGAUAUCAUCCAACACAAAUUCUUGCAGAUCUAAUGACAAUGCAUGAAGUAUUUGGACCUCAACCCAAAGACGAGUCAUCAUAUGUUGCACAUUUAACACAUCCUGAAAAAACACUUCCAGGGUUGAAAGUUGCAUGGAUAGGAGAUGGUAAUAAUAUUUUGCAUAGUAUGUUGGUAACAUUCCCGAAAUUAGGUGUACAUCUAUCAGUGGCUACGCCAAAAGGAUAUGAUUCGGCAAAGGAAGUGGUAAAAAUUGCACAAGAUGAGGCAGUUAAAACUAAUACUAAAAUUAGUUUCACGCAUGAUCCCAAAGAAGCUGUUAAGGAUGCCGAUGUUAUUGUUACUGAUACUUGGAUUAGUAUGGGACAAGAAUCUGAAAAAGCGAAACGUAUUAAAGACUUUGCAGGAUAUCAAGUAACAUCAUCAUUAGCAAAAGAUGGUGGAGCCAAACCUAAUUGGAAAUUUUUACAUUGUCUUCCAAGAAAGCAGGAAGAAGUUACUGAUGAG